AGGAAUUUCCUUUAUUUUUUUGGGAUGAUGGACGAUUUGACUACGAAACUAAAUUAAAAAUUCAAGAGUUAGUGGCGGGCGAUUACAUUGUGGUGCGAGCCCAAAAAAGAACUAAUCCGCGGGAUGGUAGAGAAAUUUACCACGUAUUAAAAUUUGAAGAUAGCCCGGACAAAGGCGAUAACUCAGAAAUUUUUUAA